AUGGGUCAAAUGUCAAAAGCCGACAUCUUACUUUGGUACAGAUGUCUGUACCGCAGUGCUCUUCGGGCCGUUCAGUUUUCGGUGCCGGCGCGCUACAUUGUUCGUGACCAACUGAGGGCGGCAUUCCGCUCGGAAAGCGAAGUCCUGGACAAACAUGUGGCACAGAGGACGAAUUGGUUUCUUCAGUCGGCGGCAAAAGAGAGAGGACUCGAGCACAAGAUUCUCAAGAAUCUUGUCCAAGCAGCGAAGCAGCGGAACCAGAAGAAAUCCUGGAAGACCGACUAUCGCAAAGGGAUUGAGCUGCAGGGGAAGCCGCUAGCUCAAGCAACCAAGGACUUUGACGCUACCGCUCACCAUCAUUUUGACAUGACGUUGGCCAUGUUGAACAAGUCAAUGGGGCUGGGCUUGCGGUGCGGUCCAACUUCUGGUAAAAGGUGA